AACACAACUGGUACAUUCAAUGAAAGGAAUUAUAACGGAAACAACAACACCUGCAACUUUGGCGACAGCGUACACUUUUUGGAAGUUUUUGGGUUGAGUGGUGACAGUUAUCAAAAAAUAAUUACAAAAAGUACCGUUAGUGAAAGUGUAAUGUCCGUCAUAUGCUUGCCAACGGUUCACUCUAUUUCCCUCCUUUCGAAGCGGAAGAGUUCCGUCAAGAUGUCCACUGGUCCGUGUGUCAUUGUGCGGCUAGCAAUGCUGUGGGUACAAUUGUUUCUCGUGAUGUUUUUGAUUGAAGCAGUUGUAAAUCAACGUUACGAACCGGAAGUGCAAAAUCCAGGAGGUUUUAUUGGUAGCAAUGUGUUAAUUAAAUGUAAUAUACCGUCGUUUGUUAAGGAGUAUGUAACGGUGACAUCAUGGCUGCAGGAACCGAAUUUCAAUAUAUAUCCAUCGCUAGAAGGAGAUGGGAAAAAUCAUAUGCUACCGACCGGCAAACUUCUGGUGUACAACAUCACUCGCACCGAUGCCCACAAAGUUUAUUGCUGCCGCACCUAUCGCACGCUGACGCAGAACUCCGUUGUGAGCAGCAAUAUUGGCAAAAUUCAAUUGACUGGUAUGCCAAAUGUGCGCAUGAUGCCGAAACUAUCUGCAGUGGCGGGAAAGACCUUUUUUCUCAAAUGCCCUGUGGCAGGAUAUCCAAUCGACAGUAUCAUCGUUGAGAAAGUUAUGGAAUGAAAAUUGUUUUCAACGACGACUUUAGUCGUUAAAAGGUGAGCAAUUAUAUCCGCUGUCGUUUCAUUGCCAGAGCCUCUAACCGACACGAGAAUCAUGGUGUAUGUAUGAAUUUUGAAGUGGCGGUUUUAUCCACAAACUUAACGAAAGGGGCAAUUUCCAGUAAUUUACAGAAUAUGUACCGCUUAGAUCAGCAUGGCGCACACGAACGAAAACACAGAAGCUGUGGAGCUUUAAAGGCCUGGGCAGUGGCAAUAAGGUUAGUGUGCGAAAUUCGCAAAAUCAAAAUAUCUUUAUGCCUAAGCUGAAAGGAAACUGAUAAAGAAAGUAACUACUGAAUUCAGCUCUCUGCCAAUGAACUGGUUGCUCUAAAUUAUUUUAUGUAGCUCUUCGUUUAAACCCAUGCUAAGAAUGUCAAGGUUUGUAUCGGAAUAAAUGAAAUAAAUAAAUUGAAA